UUGACUAAAAAUCCGUCUUUCUGUUGCACUUUUACUCUAAUGCAGCUAUUUUUCUCAUUAUAAAUGAUUAAAAAAUACAUUUAAUUUCAUAAUAUGUUACUGAAGCAACUCCCAAGUUAAACAGCAUACCGUAUAGCAGUAUUUUUUUUAAAAUACCGACUAUUUUAUAAGUUAUUGAGUUAUCCUGGGUGCGAAAUAUGUCGGAUAGACAUUUGACCCUUGGCCAACGGGUUAUAGUAGUGGGAAAAGAGGUGAAAGGUUCGAUUGCCUAUGUCGGAUACCCCACCUUCGCUACUGGCAAAUGGAUCGGUAUAAUUUUGGACGAAGCUAAAGGAAAGAACAAUGGGACUGUACGUGGUCAUGCAUACUUUCGAUGUGAAGACAACUAUGGUGUAUUUGUGCGUCAAACUCAAAUCCAGCUGCUGGAUGCGGAGGACAAUCCCAUGGAGACCUCUAUGACCACAUCGACCGAAGAGGCAAAGCCUUCUAACCGUAGGCUUAGCAGUAUAACUGUGGCCCAGCGGUCUAGGCCGACGACGGUGCGGCGGAAGGCGUCUCCCGCGCAGACAAAAACUGGAAGUCUCUCGAUGUCGAGUUCCAGAACUUCGCUGGCGAGUAGUCGCCAGUCGCUGACGUCAUAUGUCUCGCCCACCGCUGAACGGGCGGUCUCGCCUGACCUAACGGGCAAGAGGGCUUCCUUCGUUGAGACUGGUUUCGUGGAGACCCUGACUCCCCAGUACACGCCGGGCCAGAGCAUCACCUCCCCGCAGCCUGUGUCCAACGCAGAGGACAAAUUGGCCAACAUUCAAGCUCAGCAAGAGAUCGUAGCAUUAAAAACAGAAGUGGAAGAUCUAAAAGAGAAACUAGAAACGUUGAAGGUGCGACGCGCAGAAGACAGGGAGAAGUUACGGGAGUUGGAAAGAGUCAGACUCCAGUUGGAGCAGGCGAAUGAGUUUAAGGCCAAGAUAAUGGAGUCCCAGGCGCAAUUACAGAGAGAUUUGCAAAGGGCGAAGCAAGAAGUACGAGAAAUCCAAGAAGCUUUGGACCAGCACAACGAUGAGACAGCCGAGCUCCAAGAGGCGGCGGAAAUGGCAGCUCUUGACAAGGAGAUGGCUGAAGAGAGAGCAGAGUCACUUAUGCUUGAGCUGGAACAGUGCAGAGAUAAACUGGAAGAAGCCACGUUGGAUCUACAGCUGAUGCGAGCUGAGAUGGAAGCCGGUGGCAAUAUACAGCACCCCUACGCAGCGGGCGAUGGCGGCGCGACGGGCUACGAGGUGCGUCAGCUUCAACAACAGAACGUGCGCCUGCGGGACACGCUUGUGCGGCUGAGGGAUCUCUCCGCGCACGACAAGCACGCCAUGCAGAAAAUGCAGAAGGAUUUGGAACAGUACAAGUCUGAAAUCGCCGAGCUCAGCCGCACUAAAGAGAAGCUUUCAGCUAGAGUCGAAGAGCUGGAAGCGCAGGUAGCUGAUCUUCGGGAACAGGUGGAUGCAGCACUUGGAGCCGAGGAGAUGGUGGAACAGCUAGCUGAAAAGAAGAUGGGUCUCGAAGACCAGGUGGAACUGCUGAAGCAAGACGUCCAAGAGUUGGAGGCGCUUCAAGAGGUCCACGAGCAAUUGGUGGAGUCCAAUCGGGAACUGGAGAUGGACCUUCGCGAGGAGUUGGAGAUGGCGCACGCUGCGACCAGGGAGGCGGUAAGAGAACGCGAGGCCGCGCAAGAGACAAUAAUGGACAGAGAUUCCACCAUUGUGAAGUUCAGAGAACUGGUGCAGAAGAUGACUGAGCAGUACAAUGAGAUGAGGGUGCAACUGGAGUCCAAACAAGGUUCACCAGCUCCCAGUGAACAGGAAGUGAGCUCAGAAACCGGCGCGAGAUCCUCGCCGCCAGCUGAACUCGGCUCCCUGGUUCAGCAGUCGAGAGCAUCCACCCGUUCUAUCGACCUUCAGCUUCGGGCCUUGGACCUAGCCCAGGCUCGAGCUCGAGCUGAUAUGCUAGCUGCUUGUCUGCCCGACCACUUCAUGUCUUCCAAUGGCGACCACGACGCUAUUAUGUUCAUUCUGCUGCUGCAACGGUUGAACACAAAAGCUGAAAUCAUAUUGGGACAAAUUCGCGAAAAGUUCCCAGCUGUGAACGUGUGGGAUAAGGAGUCCAUCAUGAAGACCCACACGGCAGUUCAGUACAGUUUCCGCUGCCAACUGGAGUAUCAGCUGCAGAUGAUACAAUGUAUGGUGUGCAUGUGGAGCGGUGCCCUUGAGACCUGCACCCCGGAACUGCUGUUGCGUGCUGCGUCAGCGUUACCUGAUGCUGCCCAACAGGAACGCGCCCUGGACGCGGCGGCUCAACUCCUAAAGACCAACGAGUUGGACGAGAACUGCUCCCUGGAUGGUAUGGAGCGUUGCUGGUCGUACCUAUCGGCGAUGUGGUCAGCGUUGAGCAUGGGUGCGGUGGAGGGCGCCGGAUGUGCGCGCGAGGUGCUCUUGCACGCAUGCGCGGCGAUUGACGCACUUGCGCGCGCUUUGUCGGCCGACGCUUCCGCCCUCUCGCACGCCACACAACCAUCGGAACAGCCUCACGAGUUGAGCCAACUGCACGAGGCGAUACAGACGAGCUGUUCAUCGCUCCAGCAACAACUAAAGGGGGUCAGAAGGAGGUUACCGCCCGGGGUCCGUCUGCACGCAUUACCCAUCGAUAUGCAGCUCAUAGAACGUCUCCGAGGAGAGAGCGUUAUAGCGCUGUGGCGCAGUGCCCGAGCGACAUCGCUAGCGGCCCGCGCGGCGUGCGCGUGCGCAGCGACCGCGGGCGAGCGGGGGGAGGGCGCCCCCCUCCCACUACAAGCACUCACCGCCAUAUGGAGUGCGGCCAUCGACAAAACCUACCAGCAGGAUGACCUUGGAACGGUGAAAACGAUCAAGCACGCUCUAUCUACGGUGGCUGCGGACGUGAACAAACUGGCUGCGUUCACGCAAGACAAAGAGUACGAUGUCAUGUCUUUGACCAACGUCGCUAGUGAAAAGCCAACGCCACCGAUAGUGGUGCGUGCACAACUCGUGAAGAAGCAGUUGGAGGAGACAAAAACCCUCACCAUACGUCUGGAGAACAAAGAGGCUGACAUCAAGGAGCUCCGGAAAGUGCUCAAGGCUAAACAAGAGGAACUGUCCGAGAUGCAAAUCCGUCGGGAGCUUGGGGAAAGGAAGUUGGCCGCCACGGCCAGGGAUGCGGAAUUGAGGUCUCAGCAACUACAGAGGAGGUUGGACGAUGCACAGAACCAACUUAAGAGAAAGGAGAAAGAGUUCGAAGAGACGAUGGACCAUCUUCAACAGGACAUCGACUCCCUGGAGACUGAGAGGGGAGCUUUGAGGGACAAAUUAAAGUUGUACGCUAAGAGAGGUACUCAUAACGCAAUGGCGUCACCAGCUACGGCGCGCGACUAUCCACCGGUGGCGAUACCGACGCCGGCACCAAAAGAUUUACCGCAGGAUACUCCGGUGAAGGUUGCGCCGGGUAUCGUCGCUGGUGAAGUGAACGAAGCUCUGCAGCAUCAGCUGAAGGUGCUUAGCUGGACCGUGGAGAGAGAGCGCGUGGCGCGAGUGGCGGCGUGCGGGAAAGCGGAGCGGGCGGCGUUAAGAGCCCUGCGGCCCCUUCACCACCCGGCAGCCCCCGCGGCCAAGCACCGCCGCCAAGCCGCGGCGGCAUUGGAACAACAACUCGCCAAGUUGCAGACGGAGUGGACGCUAUUCGUGGCCCGCUCCGGACUGGUCAAGUUCCCGGAGGAACCUAGCAAGUACGCCCGCACCCUACAGCAGCACAAAGAGAAACAGCGCGCCACGAGGCAGAAGUUGGAGGAUCGGUUGACCGCGCUACAAGCCGAAGUGAGGAAUUUGGUCUCCAUCCACAGACCCUGGCGCUGCAUAGAGGCUGAUUUCACAGAGUUCCCAGCACCGGAGCUGACAGCCGCGCUCAGUUCCCAGUCUGUGGACGUUGGCACCAUCAAGUAUCCCGCACCCGAAGCGAUGUCCGAUGAUACCAUAUACGUGACUCCUGCGCAGCUAGCCAGGUUACGUGAAAUCGUGUCGGAGCUCAAAUCGGAUGAGGUGCAGCUAGAUCUGAAACCGCUUGAUGACACUGUCUGCGCUGCCUGACAAUAAAGA